AGUUUCAAACUCGGACCUGCCAUCCAGAGAGCCGCGAUGUUGGGGGCCCGCCUCAGGCUGUGGGUCUGCGCCCUGUGCAGUGUGUGUGGCAUGGGCAGUGUCAGAGCCUACCCCAACGCCUCUCCGCUGCUCAGCUCCAGCUGGGGUGGCCUCACCCACCUGUACACAGCCACCGCCAGGAACAGCUUCCACCUGCAGAUCCACAAGGAUGGCCAUGUGGAUGGCACACCCCAUCAGACCAUCUACAGCGCCCUGAUGAUCAAAUCAGAGGAUGCUGGCUUUGUGGUGAUAACAGGGGUGAUGAGUAGAAGAUACCUCUGCAUGGAUUUCAAAGGCAACAUUUUUGGAUCGCAUCACUUCAGCCCCGAGAACUGCAGGUUCCGCCAGCGGACGCUGGAGAAUGGCUACGACGUGUACCAGUCGCCGCAGCACCACUUCCUGCUCAGCCUGGGCCGCGCCAAGCGGACCUUCCUGCCCGGCGUCAACCCGCCGCCCUACUCCCAGUUCCUGUCGCGAAGGAACGAGAUCCCCCUGAUUCACUUCAACACCCCCAGGCCCCGGCGCCACACCCGGAGCGCCGACGACCCUAUGAACCUGUUCAAGCUCCGGCUCCGUGUGACCCCGGCGCCAGCCUCCUGCUCCCAGGAGCUGCUCAGUUCCGAAGACGACAGCAUGGCGCUGGCCAAUGACCCUCUGCAAGUGGUCAGAGACGCCAAGGGCAAUUCACACGCCGGUGGGAUGGCGGUGGAAAAGUGUCGCCCCAGCCCCACGUCGAGCUAG